AUGGAAACAGUCUACAACGCCGCCAAUGCUGCCAGCAAGGCCCUCUUCGGCGAAAACACAAACCCCAAUUCUCAAAAUCCCAACCAAACCCAGAACCGAAACCCCAACGCAGUGACCACGGACACGAGCGACUACGACCGUCCCUCCGCCUCAGAGACAAAUCCCUUCCGUCAAAGUGGAACCGACACUGACAGCAACAACCCAUUCCGCUCCGCAACAGGCCCCACAACAAAGCCAUUCGACUCCACAAACACUUCCGGGUUCGGCUCACAACACACCGCCACCUCCGGCAGUGGCGGCCAUGAAGUACUAAAUAAGCCAUAUGACUCUGGCGUUGGGUCUCUUGAGAAAUCAAGUGCGAGAACCUACGACCAACCCUCAGGAAAUGAUUUCGAUCAGCCAUCCACUGCCGGUGUGUUCGCAGAGCACUCAAGCAACUACGGAAACAACCCGGCUAGUAGCUUUGACAAGCCCACGACCACCACCAGCACCUUCCGGAAGACAUCAAUUGGUGACCUUAACAAGGAUGGUGCGCGGCACGAAAUCAGCGACCUGGACAAGCAGAGGGUCGGGGUUCACUCUAGUAACCCUACCAUCAGCAGUAUCAAUGAUCAUAGCAACGCGUUCUCUUCAGAUCACAACAAACCCGUCACAAGUCGUUUCUCGGAAGACACAAACACCCCGCAUACCAGCACCAGCACUGGGACUGGGGCUGGCGUUCUAGGAGGAUUGGGUGUAUCUCACGAGCACCACACACCGACCAACAGAGACUUCUCGCAGUCCUCGACGACUGACCACUCGUCCUACAUGCCGGGGGCUUUCAGCGAUAACACUAGUGGUAACAACAAUCCCGACUCUAGUCUUUCCCGUGACUCAACCACCACCCACACCCCUCACCACCAAUCUGGGGCACCUGCACAGGGCUCUAACAUUCAAUCACUUGUUGAUCCCAACCCUGCCACCUCCACCUCUGGAAUCUCGUCCACCUCUAAGCCAACAUCUACCAGCAACCCUUCCACCACCGCCGGUUCCGCAACACACGGGGCCACCAACAGCGGCCUCGAAGCCGCAAACGCAGCGCCAAAAUCUGUCACUGGUGCCGUCGGCAGCGGACCCGGCGCAGCUGUAGAACCAAGCGUAGGAGCCCACCCCGGGCACGCACAGCAACAGACACCAAAGCAGCAGGGUGCCGACAGACCUCUCGAGGAGCCUUCAAACACCUCCACUUCUACCUCUAAGAGGGAUACCGGAGCGCCGAAGCCUUUGGGUUUGGGAGCACAAAAUAACGAGCACAGUCAAGGUACCGGUGAGAAGUAUGAGAAGUCUACUGGUGUCGCGGCGGAAGGCGGCGACUUCGAUGCCAGCCGACCGGGUGCUGGGAAGGAAGCUGAUCGUCUUCUCGAUGAGAAGGGUAUUCACCAUGGGAAGGAAACGAAGCCAGAUACCUCCGAUGUUACUGCUGGCCUAGGACAUAGCAAGCUCUUGCCUGGGCACAAGGAUAAGAGCCACACAGAUACACCGAAGGAUCAUCAUCAUGAUAACCAGACUACGCCGCCGCCCUCAGACGGCGGAUCAUCAGGUCAUAAGGGAUUGGCAGAGAAGAUUAAGGAGAAACUUCACAUCCAUCACUAA